ACUAAUCUCUUUUGCCCUUUUCACUCAAAAAACCAAAAUUCAAAAAGGAAAAAACAAAAAAACAAAAAAAAAAAAUCUCCGAUCACUUUCUUUCUGAUCCUCCUCUGUCUCCUCGAGUAUCUAUUCCACCUACAUUUAAAGGAGGCUACGUAACCCAAACCAAACUACAAACUCUCCUUCAAUUUUUUCUCUUUUCUUGACUUGAUCUUGUUUUGCUCUUCGUUCUGGAAUUACUUCAAACCAUGGGAUUUUCCAAAAACAAUCCCAGCUCUUCCUCUAACGCUCUCGAAGUUCCUCUACCUCCCGGAGAAGAAACCCCUCUCAUCGGCGACGGAGACCCCAGCAGCAGAUCUCUCUCUUCCCAAGCCAAUACCUUCGCCAACGUCUUCAUUGCCAUCAUCGGCGCCGGAGUCCUCGGCCUUCCCUACACUUUCAAGCGCACCGGUUGGGUUCUCGGCCUCCUCAUGCUCUUCGCCGUCGCAUCUCUCACCUACCACUGCAUGAUGCUCUUGAUCCACACUCGCCGGAAGCUCGAUUCUCUAGACUUAUUGAAGAACAGCAACAUCGCGUCGUUUGGAGAUCUAGGUUUCACUGUCUGCGGCUCUUUCGGAAGGUUGAUAGUCGAUGUGCUCAUAAUUCUCGCUCAGGCCGGUUUCUGCGUCGGAUAUCUGAUCUUCAUCGGAACCACCAUGGCCGACCUGUGGAAUUCCUCCAAGAUUCUUGGAUUGGCACCCAAGAGCUUCUACAUCUGGGGUUGUUUUCCAUUCCAACUGGGACUCAACUCUGUUUCCACGUUGACCCAUUUAGCCCCUUUGAGCAUUUUCGCUGACGUCGUUGAUCUUGGAGCAAUGGGUGUGGUAAUGAUCGAUGACGUCGUCGUUUUGCUAAAACGGAGUGUUCAAGUCAAAGCCUUUGGGGGUCUUUCAGUCUUUCUCUACGGAUUGGGAGUGGCUGUUUAUUGCUUUGAAGGGAUUGGUAUGGUUCUUCCCCUGGAAUCAGAAAUGAGAGACAAACAAAAAUUUGGGAAAGUUGUUGCUUUUACAAUGGCUUCCAUAUGCUUGAUAUAUGGAAGUUUUGGAGCUCUCGGUUACUUUGCUUUUGGUGAACAAACAGAAGAAAUGAUCACAGCAAACAUGGGAGCCGGAUUGGUGACCACUUUGGUAAAAUUUGGUCUCUGUGUGAAUCUCUUCUUUACCUUACCUAUAAUGAUGAACCCAGUUUAUGAAAUAGUGGAAAGAAGAUUUUGGGGUGGAAGAUAUUGCCUUUGGCUUAGAUGGUUAUCUGUUUUGUUGGUGAGUUUGGUGGCUAUUUUGGUUCCUAAUUUUGCUGAUUUCUUGUCCUUGGUGGGUAGUGGAGUUUGCUGUGCAUUGGGUUUUGUUUUGCCUUCUCUGUUUCAUCUGGUGGUUUUCAAAGACGAGAUGGCUUGGAGAACAUGGUGUUCUGAUGUGGGUAUAAUGGUUGUGGGUCUUGUUCUUGGAGUUUCAGGAACUUGGUGUGCUUUAGAAGAGAUGUUUUCCAAAUCCGAGGCAUAGCUUUUUUUGGGGAGUGCAUAUAAACAUUUAGCACUGAAAUUUGUCUUAGUUUAAGUGCCACAUUCUUUAGCUUUUAUUAGCCAAAAGAUAUUGCAAACUUGCAAUUUUAUUCUUUGAAAGUAGAUUUGUUAAUUGUGAUAAACUACACAGCUAUGGAUAUAAUGAGAAAUGAGAAUAUGGAAAUGCAAUAACUAAAGUAGUCGUGACUUGUGAUUGUACGGAACAAAUUUCCUGGGAACACACUGGCUUUUUUCCUUUAUGAAUGUGUACAGUAUAUAUAAAAUUUUGGCAUUUGUGAAGGUGAUGGGAAUAUGAUUCAUUAUAUAUAUAUAUAUAUAUUUCAAUUUAUUUGUA